UUUUCAUGCACAUUCAAACCACGUCAUAGUAUUAAUCUCUGUCUUCCUUUCAAGCUUUUCUUGGAGGAUAGUGAUCAUAAUAUCCGGAAAAUGACGUUAGAUUCCGGCGAUUUGAGGCGGAGCCUCGUUUUCGAGACGAAGAGUGAUCGCACCAGAAGAAGACUGAGAGUCCGGCGACUCAAGUACACGUGUCGGACGAAGAUUCAGCUGGACGUCACCGGCGGCGAAGAGGAACACUGCUCCGGAGAUCGUCAAACUUGUGAGAAGGAAGGUGGCAACUCCAUGAAGAUAUUAUCGGUGUCGUUCUCGGAAAACGACCGCGUUUUGUCGAGCUACGGAGGCGAGGUGAGCGAAGGGAGGACUGGGAGGAGUAGCUACGGCGUAGUUUCGGUGGUGGGGAGGAGGAGGGAGAUGGAAGAUGCGGUGAGAGCGGAGGUAGGGUUUGCGGUGAAAGGAAAGUACGACUUUUACGGGGUGUACGACGGGCAUGGUGGGUCCGAGGUGGCGAGUGUUUGCCGGGAGAGGUUACACGAGGUGGUGGCGGAGGCGGUGGAGAUGGAGGUGGUGAAGGGAGUGAAGGAGGUGGUUAUUGAUUGGGAGAGGGUGAUGGAGGGGUGUUUUGGGAAAAUGGAUGAGGAGGUGAGUGGGAUCUCUGUAGCCAAGACGGUUGGAUCCACGGCGGUGGCUGCGGUGGUGACGGAGGAGCUGGUUGUGGUGGCCAACUGUGGUGAUUCUAGGGCAGUGUUGUCAAGGCUAGGUGGUACUAUUGCCUUGCCCUUGUCUACUGAUCACAAGCCUGAUAGAGCAGAUGAGUUGGAGAGAAUUGAAGCUGCCGGAGGGAGGGUGAUCAAUUGGAACGGAAGCCGUGUUCUAGGGGUGCUUGCUACUUCCAGAUCCAUAGGUGACCAGUACCUGAGACCAUAUGUGAUAUCGAAACCGGAGGUAACAGUGACGAACCGAACAGACAAGGAUGAAUUCCUCAUCCUAGCUAGUGAUGGCUUAUGGGAUGUCAUAUCCAAUGAGCUUGCAUGUCAAGUUGUGAACAAGGUCGUACGGGGAAGAAUGAUGACGAGGAUGAUUAAUGAUCAUGAUCGUGAUCGUGAUCGUGUACUCCUGGAUUAUGAAGGGUCGCCGGCGGACAAUGGUGCCUGUAGCAAAACAUCAGAGGCGGGAACAGUGCUGGCUGAGCUAGCUAUGGCUCGGGGAAGCAAAGAUAACAUAAGUGUCAUAGUAGUCGACCUCAGAAAAUUGUCUACCUAGCUAGCGCUAUCGUUCGUAACUACUAUAUCUAUGCUUUCUGAUUAUCUCUUUGAUGUUUUGUGCCAGUUUUUGUAUAGAAGAUUCAAAACUACUGAAGUUGAGUUUCAAUUGAAAGGUCAAGUUUUACAUCUUAUGCACUAUUAUUUUCUAGCUAUUAUCAAUGCAUCUCAGCUUU